AUGGCACAGGCAAACAGAAGGAGAGAUACUCAUCAUCACUUGACGGAAUGGGUUUCGUUGCUGUCAGGCACCUGCAAGUGAGCCCGGGGCUGCGCCACAGCUGACGCAGCACAGGGCUGCUGAGGCGAGUGUGGAGAAAGGAACAAACGCUGCGGAACGAAAGGUCGGGCCAUGGAAGAUGGCAGAGAAGCAGCCACUGCUUGGUGUGGAUGGACGCCUUUCGUCGCAGGACGACAAGGCGCAUCGGUGCCUUCGUCUGACCCAUGUCAGCGGCAAGCCACCCACCGACGAAGGACCGGUGAGAAAAAAAGUAGAAAAACAAUCUGAGAGCCUGCCAGGGGCUAUGCACACACGUUCAUAGGGAGUGAACUGUCUGUCUGUCCGUUCUUCUUAUCUUUUGCUCGUCAGGCGCAGUACCGUAUGCUUGACUGCCUCCCUCGCAUCUUCGGCUGCCUCCGCUGCGCAGACAUCCACUCAUUCAGCCGCACCAAGCUGUGGAAGGAGGCCCUCGCUCACCACACACACCUGGCCAUCGACGCAUCAGCAGACGACCGCUGUUUCUGGGACCGCAUCCCUCUCAGCGCCGCCAGUCGCAUCGGCGAGUGCAUGAGGGAGCUGCAGUCCAUCACUGUCGGCUACCCGUGUGGGUGCCCGCGAUGGUGUCUGGAUGUGUUGGUCUCGCUGGUUGAGGCCCAUGGGAAAGGCCAGCAGGAGUGGCUCUAUAAGGAGGGCAGUGGGCGCAAGAGGCGCAAGGACGACGUGCGCGGGACCCUUCGGUCGAUCACUUUCAAGAUGAUGCGCCUGUCUGGGGAGGGGGUCGAGGCUCUCAAGCGAACGGCUUCAGAGCUCCCUCCUGUCCCGGCCACUGCAACGAUGCUCGACGCCCUGACCUCCAUCAAGGGGCUGGCGUCGAGAAUGGGUGAGGAGUUCUCCGCCCGCCACUGGGAGCUGCCCCUGCUGAGCGAGAUCCGUGCGCAGCGGGGCGGAGACUUCGACUUCGACCCCGCCGUCCUGGCGGGUUUCGCCAAGACAUCCACCAGUCUGCGGGUCAUCGACGCGCCCCUGGACUUUGUCGAGUGGGUGGCUGCGCUGGCGGCAAUGCCAAAGACAUCGGCGCCGCUGGCUAACCUGCAAGUACUCAGGACCCUCGCGCUACAUGCUCUCGAAGGGCCUCCUGACAAUGACGCGAUCGGCACUGGACUGGACAGCCUGCAGGUAGACAGGACGACAGGACCACACCCGCACACCCAACCCCUUGGCCCGUGACUGCCCACCUGUGUGUCUGGUUCUGCUGUGGUGGCCAGAAGACUUUGCUCUCCCGUGGCGGCGAUGGCGGCUUUCUCCGAGCCAUCGAGUUCACCUUUGUCGACGAGAUUGAUGCUGACUGCUUGGGGGUGGUAGACGGCCGCAUCUUCACCGCUCUGUCGCACCUCGAGAGUUUCGUCAAGGCCGUCGGCAAGUCCAGAGACAUUUCCGUCACCUUCACCGGCCGUGUCGGGGCAGUUGACGUCGCCCUGCUGCACAGCGUCCCCACCAACCCACCCCAAUCGCCGUUUGUCAUCAAGCAACUGCUGCACUUGGCUUCGCUUGCGUCCGAUGUCGUGGUGACCAUCACUCCAGAAGACGUCAGCACGCCGCCCACGAACCUCAGCGAGGCAGCCAAGGAGAUCGCGUCACUCCUGGUCUUCAAGACGGCCAUGAACAUCAACGUGAAGGACGCCGACGGCUGGGACCCGCCUGAUGAGUGGCCGCCUCCCGGCCAUGUGGCCCCCACAGUGCAGCACCUGCCCCAUGACGCCUUCCCCAUGGCAGAAUACAUCUGCAUUCAAGGCGGCAAGGUCGGCGGAGUCAUCGCCGGCCGGCAGCUGGCCAAGCGUGCACGAAUGGCGGAUAUCAGUAUCUUGGGGCAUGCUAUCUCUGGGCAGCUGCCGGAGGGGGAGGUCAUGCGCAUCCUUCAGAGCAUCGGCAGUGGCGUGCGGUUGGAGAAGCUGCGGGUGUAUGUGAGCAUUGUCAACGGCGUCAGCCUCAACUGGGGAGGAAAGGUUCCGCGAGCGAGGGAGAUGGAAAUAUUCGCGAGUGGUAAGCGCAGCAGAGAAGGACAUGAGACGACGCGCGACGGCUGACUUAUCGCCCACCUGUCGGUGGCUUCAUGUAGGCGUGCAUGAGAUGAGCCCCCUCAACGCCAUCUGCGGGAGGAUUGCGGCGCUGCUCAACCAUGGCGGCCUUGAUGUGAUCAAGGUCGAGUUCACCGAGCUCAAUCACACCACCCGUGCAGCCCUCUUCGCAUCGAUGCGCAAGCACAUGCAGGACGGGGACACUAUCGAGGGGCACGAUGGGGCCGUGUUCGACGUCGACCUGUUCGCCAAAGACCAAACAGCAUCGCAGGAGCUCUUUGGCGUCACACUUGCAGAGGUGCGGGCGAAGGCAUUCGGGUCCUGCCAGAGGGUCAUCAUCACUGCGGAGAGGAGGUGAGAAAUUACACACACAGUCGCGACACGAGUAGAGAGAUGAGUGGCGGUGUUGAUGGAGAUGACGGGGUUCGUGUCCACUUACUUGCCGCCCUGAUGUUUGCAGGUUUGAGAGCUCUUGGGCGUGGGGCAUAGCCAAGAGAGGCAAGCACAGACCUUGGGGGGAGUGA